CUUUCAACUCUUCGAUCUUCCCUCUUGACUUGUUGCUUUUAUUAGUGCUCCUCCCUCACCGCACCUAAUAGAUCCCUAAUCACACCUAAUUACUCUUAUGUGUCGCUAAUAGGCCACGCGAGGUCUUAGACAUCAUGAAGAAGUUUGGCAACAUUUAUCUCAUCGCGGCUACGUCCGUCAUAGGUGGUGCGCUUUUUGGUUUUGAUAUCUCUUCUAUGAGUGCUAUCAUCUCCACUGACCCCUACAAAUGUCAAUUUAACCAGCAAGGCAACGACCCAACAACUGGCCGAUGCCGUGGACCCGAUGAUGUCGUGCAGGGUGGAAUUACCGCUGCCAUGCCUGGUGGUUCUUGGCUUGGCGCUCUCAUCUCUGGUAUUCUGACUGAUGCGGUUGGUCGAAAGACCUCUAUCCAAAUUGGUGCUAUCAUUUGGGUUAUCGGCUCGAUUAUUGUUUGCGCUUCCCAGAACAUCCCUAUGUUGAUCGUCGGUCGUAUCAUCAACGGUCUAAGUGUGGGUAUCUGCUCUGCCCAGGUUCCUGUCUACAUUUCCGAACUCUCGCCGCCGUCGAAACGAGGUCGACUCAUUGGUAUGCAACAAUGGGCAAUUACUUGGGGUAUCGCAAUUAUGUUCUUCGUGUGCUACGGUAGCAGUUUCAUCAACGGCAAGGCUGCUUUCCGUCUGCCAUGGGGUCUACAAAUGAUUCCGGCUGGUCUUCUAUUCUUCGGUCUUAUGGUACUUCCCGAAUCACCCCGUUGGUUGGCGAAGCAUGAUCGUUGGGAGGAGGCCAAGGAAGUGCUCAUUCUCGUCCACGGCCACGGCGACCCUCACUCGCAAUUGGUUGCAAGAGAAAUGGCUGAAAUUAAGGAAGUGGUCGACUUCGAGCGCCAAAACGCCGACGUUUCUUACAUUGAGCUAUUCCGACCCAAGAUGAUUAACCGAACUCAUAUUGGUCUCUUCACGCAAAUAUGGUCUCAACUCACUGGUAUGAACGUCAUGAUGUACUACAUUUCUUACAUCUUCACCAUGACUGGCUCGGCUGGUGGCAACGACACUCUGCUUUCCAGUGGUAUCCAAUUCAUUAUCAACGUCGUUAUGACUAUCCCCGCCCUUAUCUGGCUCGACAGGUGGGGUCGUCGCCCGACGCUCCUAGUUGGUGCGUUUUUCAUGACCCUCUGGCUCUGCAUCAACGCUGGUUUGUUCGCCGUAUACUCCCACGACCCGGCCCCCGGCCAAUUCGAUACCGCCGCCAUUUCCAUGGUCAUUGGUGGUAAGCCCGCCAAGGCUGUUAUUGCCAGUACCUACCUGUUCGUGGCCUCCUACGCACCUACGUGGGGUCCCGUCUCCUGGACGUACCCGGCCGAGCUCUACCCGCUACGUGUCCGUGGUAAGGCUGUGGCUCUUGCUACAUCUGCCAACUGGGCUUUCAACUUUGCCCUCGCCUACUUUGUUCCCCCUUCAUUCGCUACCAUUACCUGGAAGACCUACGUCCUAUUCGCUGUAUUCUGUUUCUCUAUGUUCUGGCACACUUUCUUCAUGUUCCCCGAGACUGCCAACAAGACUCUUGAGGAAGUUGCCGCUAUCUUCGAAGACAAUGGCCCCGGCUCCAUCAAGAACAUUGGUGUCCCGGCCUGGAAGACUCACAACGACCGCUCUAUCGUUAGACUUGAGCGCAACCUUGCCAGCUCUGAGGAGAAGAUUGGCAUUGAACAUACUGCCGAGGCUAAGAUGUAAAGACUUGGGAGAUGCAUGCAUUGGGAAAGGUGGUAGAGGGGAUGGGUUGUUGGUUCGGCGCUGCUUGGGCAUUUAAAGGAUUCCUACAUUAUUAAAUGGGAAUUGAGCGAGACGACAUAAACGUUUGGGAACAUAAAAUGUUUGGAUUCCCCCGUUUUGAAAUUAGUGUGUUGAUAAGGACGGACAGCCUGGAACAUAACUUUCAUUCCUCAAGGAGUUGAUAAGGAAGGUAAAUAAGUUGGUGGUGAUAUUAUACCCAGAAAUGAAUAUGAAUU